UUUAUUUAUUCUUUUGAAAAAAAUCCUAACUUCAUUUACCUCCAUUUUUUUUUUAAUUAGAACUUAAACGAGCUAAAAUAGAAGAAGUGCUAGCAUAUAUUGAAGAACGACUAAAUGAACUUGAAGCUGAAAAAACUGAACUCUCUGAAUUUCAAGACCUUGAUAAAGAGCGUCGAUCAAUUGAAUAUACUAUUUAUGCACGUGAGCAAGCCAGUGCCAAUCGUCGACUUGAUGACCUUGAAGAAGAACGACGACGACAUAUUAACACAAGUGAAAGUCUCCGUGAAAGUUAUACCAAAAAUGAGGAAACAGUGCAGCAACACAAAACCAAGUUACGUGAUAUUCAACAAACUAUCCAACUUCAUGAGUCAGAAAAGAAGGAUUUACAAGAUGAAAGAGAAUCACUGAUGAAAAGACGUGCUCAGCUCGAGUUAAUGGUCAAGGAUUUGGAGGAUGCUCAGUUGUCUGAUGAGCAGUUUCAGACAUUAAUGUCAGAACAGUUGGAGGCCUUAGAAAAUGAGAUUUCUCAAAAACAACAAGAGUUACUGUCGAUUGAACCUCAAUAUCAACAGUUAUCAGAACAGGGUCAGCAAAUGAGGUUAGAAAUGCGUACAUUGCAGGCUGAACAACAACAUUUGUAUGCAAAACAGGCAAGAUCAUCCAAAUUUUCGGGUAAGGAGGAGCGUGAUACUUGGCUUACAACUCAAAUUGCAGACAUUACCAAUAAUUUGACUAUCCGUCAAUCCCAAUUGACAUCUCUUGAACAGGAAAUUAUGACAUUACAACAAGAUAUUUUAGUCAAACAAAAUCGUAUGAGAGAAGUUAAGGAAAAGAAUUAUAGUCGUUAUGAGGAACGUCAACAGUUAUCAGAUCGUGAAGCCGAAUUAAAAGCAGAGCGUGAUGAAGCAGUCGAAAAGCGUAAAUCGUUAUGGCGUGAAGAGGCUCGUAUGGAUUCGGUUAUCCGUAAUUGUCAUGAUGAAAUACGUAAAGCUGAAAGAACAUUAGCAGGGUCAAUGGAUAAGAAUAUUAGUAUGGGAUUAGCUGCCAUUCAUCGUAUUGUAAGAGAAUAUGGCUUAACAGGUGUUUACGGCCCUGUCUUCGAGUUAUUUGAGGUUGCGCCUGAACUGGAAACUGCUGUUGAAGUUGCUGUUGGAGCAAGCUUAUUCCAUGUUGUUGUAGACACAGAUGAUACUGCCACAAAACUAUUAGAAAUUAUGAAUAAGGAAAAAGCGGGUCGUAUUACAUUUAUUCCUUUAAAUCGUGUCAAAUCACGUCAGGUAGAAUACCCUCAAAAGGAUGAUUGUGUCUCACUCAUUAGUCAACUUCAAUUUGAUCCACGCUACCAAGUAGCUUUUGAACAAGUUUUUGGGGGUAUAAUUUUAUGUCGUACAUUAGAAGUAGGCGCAAGCUAUGCCAAGACAUACCAUUUGACAGUCGUUACUGCUGAAGGCAAUCGAGUUGAUGGCCGUGGUGCUAUGACAGGUGGUUAUAUUGAUCUCAAGCGAUCACGCUUAGGCGCUGCAAAACGAUUACGUACUUGGCAAGCUAAAUUUGAGCAAGAGCAAGCUCGUAACCAGACAAUCAAAUCUGAUAUUGUUCAGUUAGACCAAAAAGUGACACAUCUCAUUAGUGAACUUCAAAAGUUGGCAUCUCAGCGUAAGAAGAUUGAAUUACAGGAUGACUCACAACAACUCGAAGCUAGAUUGAUAAAGGAAGAAAAUUCACUUAAAACUCAAUUGACAUCCAAGACACGAGCAUUGGAAAACGUACGUCUUCAUGGACAAUUAUUGGAAAAGCAACUGGUUAGCUACCAAAAUGAGUUGGCAUCAGAGCCGACACAAUUACUUUUACAGGAAGAGCAGGAGAUCCUGGCUCGUAAUAGUCGUUUAAUUGAAGAGAUGGGUCAGAAACUAACAGAGACUGCAGAACAAAGAAACGAAAUUGAAACCCGUAUGAAUAGAUUAAAAGAAAGCUUAGAAAAUGAGCUAUUGCGUAAAAAGCAAGAGUUACUGAGCCGUAAAGAUCGUGUCCUCACUCAUGGUAGUUCGGGCGAUCUGAACAGAAGAAAACAUGAACUGAAGUUAGUAACAAAGAAAUUAGUUCGUUUAUCGAAUCGUAUUGGUGAAUUAGAUAAUGAAAUUGAUCGAUUACAAGAAGAUGAUAUUAAAAUCAAUAGUGUUUUGGAACAAGCUAUUGAAAUUCAAAUGAGAAUUACACAAGGAAUGAGUCGUGAAGAAAAGAGACUUGAGGAAAAUUUAUUAAAACGUUCGUUAUUAACACAAAAGAAGGAAGAAUGUAAUGCCAAUAUUCGUGAUUUGGGUGUCUUACCUGACGAAGCAUUUGAGAAAUAUAACACUUCUAAAAUCGAAAAGUUAUUGAAGAAGUUGCAUAGAACAAAUGAAAAACUGAAAAAAUAUGGACAUGUAAAUAAGAAGGCAUUUGAACAAUAUGGACGAUUUACAAAACAGCGUGAUCAAUUGACAAAACGUAAAGAAGAAUUAGAUAAAUCUGGCGAGUCUAUUAGUAAUUUGAUUGAGUCUUUAGAUCGCCGUAAAAAUGAAGCAAUUGAACGUACAUUUAAUAAUGUUGCAGGUAGUUUCUCCAAGAUCUUUGAGUUACUUGUUCCUGCAGGUAAAGGUGAAUUAGUGAUGAAGUCAGAUAGUCAUCAAGAUAUGCAGUUAGAUGGAGGAAAUACGUCGUUUACUGUAGAUCGAUAUACUGGAGUUUCAAUUAAGGUAUCCUUUAAUAGCAAAUCCGAUGAAGGUAUGAUUAUGCAACAACUUUCUGGUGGUCAAAAGUCACUUGUUGCUUUAGCGUUAAUCUUUGCUAUACAAAGAUGUGACCCUGCACCUUUUUAUCUCUUUGAUGAAAUUGAUGCUAAUUUAGAUGCUCAAUAUCGAGCUGCUGUAGCAGGUAAUUUAAAUAGUACGCAUUACAUAUAUACAUAUUGACAUUUUUAUUUUUAUUUUUUUUUUUUUUUUUAGAUAUGAUCCACAAGUUAUCAAAUAACGCCCAAUUUAUUACUACCACAUUCCGU